AACAAUAAGAAAAUCUAUAAAUCCCAAUGUAAGGAAUCUUGCAUGAUUUGUUUACAGUGGUUUCGAAAAGGAAAUUGGAUGAUAAAUCUGUUUAUGUUACUUUGCAAUUUCAACGUAAUUAUUUCAGAAGACUGUAAUUCGUUCGGCAACGCUACCGACAAGAAUUUACCGUUAGAUUGGCCGAGCUGUUGGACCAAUGGGACAGUGCCGUUUGUUUUCGAUUUCUACUCAUUAAGCCCAAGACGUUUAGUAAGUUUAAUUCAUCAAGGUCAUAAUUAUUUAGAAGAGCAUUCAUGCUUGGUCUUCGAAGAGCAUAAUCCGGUUACGUCAGCUCGAAAGAGGAACUUCACAUAUCUGUACUACAUAUACUCCGGUGUGUUAGAAAGCUGUUGCCUGCAAUUUUACACAAAGCCCGUGGGGAGACGAGUAAUUUUAAUAACUCCGCUAUGUACACUGCCCUCCGAUAUAGCUCAUGCUACUCUUCACGCUCUUGGAUUGAUGCAUUGGAGAAAGGAACCCUUUUCUAAAUAUAAAGCAAAGGCGAUCUUAUUUCCAUAUGAAUGUAAAGGUUAUGAUCAAAAGAUAAAAGAAUUCGAAGAGAAAUUUUAAUCAAUAGAUAAAGUGACCUGAAUUGGAUUUAUAUUUUAUAAUAGGUAUCUUAGUAAUAAACAUUUUUAUUUAAUUAACACUAAUCUACAUUUAUAUAAUAAUUUGAUCUGACUAUCAAUGCACAAUUAUGACUAUGAGUUAAGUCUAGAAAACUAAAAUUUGUAACAUAGAUGCAUUUUAUAAUGUAAGCUAACAA